UGCUAAUUUAAUAGUCCCACAGACAUGACACGCUCCCCCUGCAAGUGGCUGACGUCUGCCUAAUGAAUAGACCAGGGGGUUUAGUUACUAUGGACACCAUCACAAUUUUUUUUACCUUUUUUUUUAUCUCCGUGGAAACGGGAUGCUUCUGAUCUAUUUGUUCUCAGAAAUAUUCGCAACACACACAUCACCAGGCAGCACAAAAGGGGAGGGGAAGGGGGGAGUUAAACGAGAGAAGUUCCUCAUCCUAUCUGUGCUUAUUUGUCUCUAUUAUCCAUCAAAAGCACCUUACCAGUGCAUAAGUUUUCUAGAAUGAGCUUGUAAAACUAUGACGAUGGGUGGUUCGCAGUCAGACACUAACAGAGAACAUGAAACUCAGAGAGGAGAGAUGCCCAGAUCCUGCACAUCCCAGAUAAAGCACAAUAUGCUCCCUACAGAUUUGUUUUAGAAAUCAGAGGAUUCCACAACAGUCUCGGCAGGAUACAAGAAUUUGAAACAAAAUAGCAACUUUAUUAUUGGACCAGGAAUAUAACAGACUGGGCAGCAGAGUUCCAUUAUAUUGAGAUAUAUAGCCUUUGAAAACAAUUUAUGCUAUUCAGCAAAUUUCCAAAGUGAUUUGUUUUAGUUACUCCUGUCAUCCAUCAGUAAAUGUCAGGAAUGAAAUAGCUAUGGAAUUAUUGUCACUAAUAGCAAUCUGAUACAUCAGCUUGGUCACCGCAACAAGUCUCAAAUUAACCAGAAAUUGGAUUUUGCAGUUUAACAGAUUUUGCUGCUGAUAACAGAGAACGCUUUUUCACUUUGAUUAUUCCAGACUGUCUUCUAUUGAUAAUCAAAUGUUUCUUCUAAUCUGCUACUGGUGCAUUAGUAUGUGAACUGCUGUGUAGUGACCAUAAUUAAUCAAGUACUACUUCUAGUGAUCUGCAACUGAUCACAACAAAAGGACUGACUAUUGGCCAUCCUCUAGGCUGUUAUGAGAAAUAUAAUAACACACUAGUGGAUUUAGGUGUACAAAAUAGACAGAGACAGUGAAAAUGAAUGUCUCCAUCCAGAUGUCAUCUUCAGACAGCUAUCAUCCGGAGUCUGUACUCAUCCCAGUGUUGUACUCACUCAUUUUCCUAGUGGGCACUGUGGGCAACAGUCUGGUUCUGGCGGUCCUGUUGAGGAAUGGCAAGAUAAAUAACACCACCAAUCUCUUCAUCUUGAAUUUAGGGGUAGCAGACCUCUGCUUCAUCAUAUUCUGUGUACCCUUUCAAGCAACCAUAUACACCCUUGACAGCUGGGUCUUUGGCCCUUUCAUGUGCAAAGCAGUACACUUUUUCAUAUAUCUCACAAUGUAUGCCUCCAGCUUCACCCUCACCACAGUGUCCCUGGACAGAUACCUUGCUAUACGUUAUCCAUUGCGUUCUCGGGAAUUGCGCACUCCCAAGAAUGCUCUCAUGGCUAUCACCCUCAUCUGGAGUCUGUCCUUGAUCUUCUCUGGACCUUAUCUUAGCUACUACCAGGAGUUUCAGAUGGCUAACCUGACUGUCUGCCACCCUGUCUGGCAAAUCUCCCAUCGGAAGACUAUGGACCUUUGUACUUUUGUCUUCAGCUACGUCAUUCCUGUGCUCAUUCUUAUUGUCACUUAUGCUCGUACUAUCCGAUACCUCUGGACAUCCGUAGAUCCCAUUGACGAUAUGUCUGAGUCAAAGAGGGCCAAAAGGAGGGUGACACGUAUGAUCAUCAUAGUUGCUGUUUUGUUCUGCUUGUGUUGGCUUCCGCACCAUCUGGUCAUUCUCUGUGUCUGGUUUGCAUAUUUUCCACUUAAUAACUUUACAUAUGCCCUGCGUAUCCUCUCACACCUCGUGUCUUAUGCCAACUCUUGUGUUAAUCCUGUGGUGUAUGCUCUAGUUUCUAAACACUUUCGAAAGGGUUUCCGCAAGAUUUGUCGCUGCCUGCUGCUGCGCCAGAGAUCAGCCAACAAGAUUCAUGUGGUGCCUACUGCCCACACAGGAGUCAGCACGUUGGAAAUGGCAUGCACGGAUGUGACCCAAUUAAGUGAGGGUCCCUUGCACUGCUCUGCCUGCUGUCAAGAUCCCGGAAGUCCAUGGGAAGAAACUGAGAGAGUUGGAGAUAAAAGGGGGCCAGCAUACAUCACAUUUAAUGUCACAUAGUAAAUGGAAUCAGGGGAUUAUCCUUCAAAGAUUUCCUCCUCAACCUCCUGGAUUCUAUUUUCGGGGCAUCUGUGUGACCAUGUGCAGAUAUAGACUCAGGCCUUCAAUUUAUAAGCAAAAAACGCCUUAUGGACAGAUGAUCAAUGCAUAUUUCUAGAAGCAAUGAAGAAGCCACAAUUGUAGGUUCUGUUAGUCCAAGAUAUAAGUAUAAUGAGGACUAUGUAUUCUGAAAAAUAUGAGCACCAUCUAAGCCACCUCUAAUAAUAAUUAUUGCUAUAAGAUGCUUUUGGACACCUAUAAAAUAGUAUUAGAGUCUGUGGUUGAAUUUGGAUCUUUGGAGUCUGGAGCUGGAGACUUUGAACCACGAUCGAACAGAUAGAGCUAACCAAAUAAAUAAGGAUGGUAUGAAGUGAUGGUACAUACAUGCGUCUGCUUGCUGUAAAACUGAUUUCCACUUUACUCAUAGAUCACUGUUUACCUGCAAGGAAACCAAAAGACUGUAAAUGUGUAACCUGUCAUAUCUUUUUUUGUAGAUCAGUAGACAACUCAUUUUUGAAUGUGAUUUUAAUGCACUAAUCUAUACUUAGUUAUUUUUAUAUAGGUGAAACCACCAAGUGUUAGUUAAGUUGCACAACUUUAUUAAUUAGUUACUACAGUUCCCGAUAUAUUUAUCUGGUCCGUUGUCAUAGGAAAAUAUGAAGUUAUACAAAUAAAUUAAUAAAUUAAACUCUUUAAAAGUUGUCUGUUGCUAUUCCACAUAUCUGGUAGCCAACACAUGCAACAAUUUUGUGUGUAAAAAUGACACCCAUGUUUAGAAUUGUAUAAAUAUAAUUUUGCAUGUGUAAUGCUGGUCAAGCAGAUUUGAUCAAAUUAGCCUAAAAAACAAAAAUGACCAGCUAUUUCAACGGAGCUUAGGAUCUGAUUUUUAUUGGGCAUGCCGGUAAAUCUAAAUCAGGCCAAUGUCACAAUCUAUACGUGUGUCUGUGAAUGUGUGUGUGUGUGUGUGUGUGUGUGUGUGUGUGUGUGUGUGUGUGUGUGUGUGUGUCAUGAAUGUGGCUAUUUACUGACCACACUGAAUUGGCCUCUCGUGAUCUACUUUGGUUGCUGGAACACAUUUUUGUAAGUUUCAUAUGUCAUGUGUGGUCAGAUUGAACUGUGGUCAUUUAGCAAUCCUUUUAGCUCUAAUGGUGGGAUCGGCAGCCACUUCCCCUGAUUUUUUUUUAUCAUGCUGUAAGAUUAGGAGAAGCUAUGGAUGCCCCUUGGGAGCGAUUGGUUGUCUGAUCAAUCGGGAAUGCCCCGAUCAUUGGACAAAUAAUUCCAUGUGUAUGCACCUUAAGUCUUAUCAGUAACUUUAUAAAUAAAAGCGAGGGCUUAUGAUAGCCAGAUGUGUCAUAUUGUAAGCAAUGGUUUUUAUUAGUAUUCAGAAACAGUAUUCCGGCUUGCCCCAAAUGGAAACCAAAUAAGGUUGUUCGUAAGGAGCCACAACCAAUGAGAAUGAAGUCUCCCAAUAAUCUUCAAAGGAGCAUAUAAAAAACACAGAUGACUCCGGCACUCAUAACCAAUAUUCUUGAGAAUUUCAAACCCUUUUAGUAAUGAGAGUUCUAUUUCUUUCAAAGUGGAUUAGUAAUGGAGGCUGAGUGAAUGAAGGCACAAAUUAUUACUCAGUGAGGAAUUGGACCUAGUGCCACGAAACAUGUUGCAAUUGAAGUAAGAUUAUUGAAAUUUCUUUUUAUGGCUUUUUUAUUUUUUCAA